AGGCGGGGAGUCGGGGCCGAAUCUAGCGCUUGGAGGCCGUCGGCAGCCUGCUGAGAGCUGUGGGCGCGCCAUGGUCCUGGGCGGGCAGUGGGUCGAGUGUUGCCUACAGCUGCGAGUGUCCCCCACUGGUGUAUUCGUCGUGGCCUUUGCGGCGCGGGUGGCCCUGGUCUUCUAUGGCGUCCUGCAGGACCGCGCGCUGCGCGUGCGCUACACCGACAUCGACUACCAGGUCUUCUCCGAUGCCGCACGCUUUAUGGCGGAUGGCCGCUCCCCGUACCUGCGCGCCACCUAUCGCUACACGCCACUGCUUGGCUGGCUGCUUGUGCCGGGCGUGCAUCUGGGCGCGCUCUUUGGCAAGUUUCUCUUCAUCAGCGGGGACAUGGUGGCCGCCUUCUUGUUGUACCGCUUGUUGCGCCUCCGCGGCUUAGAUCGCCGCGGUGCCUGCGGCUACUGCGUCUUCUGGCUGCUCAAUCCGCUGCCCAUGGCUGUGUCCAGCCGCGGCAACGCCGACUCUUUGGUGGCCUGCCUGGUGCUGGCGGCCCUUUACUUGAUCGAGAAGAAACUGGUCGCCUGCGCCGCGGUAGCCUACGGGUUUGCGGUGCACAUGAAGUUGUACCCGGUCACCUACAUCCUGCCCAUCACCCUUCACCUGCUGCCGGAGCGUGGCGACUGCCCGCGGCCGACCCAGUAUUCGUUCCAGGCCAGCCUGUACGAGUUCCUGAAGCGAUUGGGCAGUCGGCCCGUGCUUCUCUUUGUGGUGGUGACUGGACUCACAUUUUUUGCCCUGAGCUUUGGUUUUUACUGUAAGUACGGCUGGGAAUUUUUGGAGCACACCUACUUGUAUCACCUCACCAGACUGGACAUCCGGCACAACUUCUCCCCAUACUUCUAUAUGCUGUACUUGACUGCGGAGAGCAAGUGGAGUUUUUCCUUGGGCAUUGCUGCCUUCCUCCCACAGUUCAUCUUGCUGUCAGCAGUGUCUUUCGCCUAUUACAGGGACCUUGUCUUUUGUUGUUUUCUUCAUACGUCUAUUUUUGUAACUUUUAACAAAGUCUGCACCUCACAGUACUUUCUGUGGUACCUCUGCCUUCUGCCCCUUGUGAUGCCGCUCGUGCGAAUGCCAUGGAAGCGAGCUGUAGUUCUCCUACUGCUGUGGUUUACAGGGCAGGCCCUGUGGCUGGCUCCAGCAUAUGGGCUGGAGUUUCAAGGAAUGAACACUUUUCUCUUCAUCUGGCUAGCUGGUUUGUUCUUCCUUCUUAUCAACUGUUCCAUCCUAACUCAAAUUAUUUCCCAUUACAAGGAGGAACCCUUGACAGAGAGGAUCAAAUAUGACUAAGAUGUCCUCCAAUAAUUCUGCUGCUUCUUUUAUGCUCUGAUGUAUGGACCAGAAGGGAGCUUUGGAGAUUUUUAAAAACGUCCCAAGCACUCGAUAGAGCUGAUCUGUUGGGAGCAUAAAACCUGUUCCAAAAGUAAUUAAAACGAAUGUUUGCCUCAUAUAUAAAGGAGGUCCACCCUCUUGGAAAUCUUAGGACUGGUUUACCUGGGACAUGAUGAGAUCUAAAGGUUAUCUAUCUGAAAAUGGGCAGGCUGAUGAAAGCUGCAGCUGCCAAAGAGGUCUGUGUAGAAAAAUAGAGGAAUAUAGUCAGAGAGGUAAGAUCUCAGCCAAUAUUUGUUCUCCUUAACAUUCUAAUGCUGUUUGAAUCAGUCUUUAUCUUUUAACCCCAACUCUUUUCAAAGCUUUCCUAAUUGCUGUGAAAAUUCAGUGUUUCUAAAGUACAACUUUUCGAUAUAAAGUAUUAAUACUACUGUGUUUAAGUUGGGAAAGUUAAUUCUGUGUAAGUGGGGUUUAUGAGAUAAAGAAUCCAGAAAGUUUAAAUAGUAAUCAUGUUUCCUGUACUUGUUUUAUAACCCAGUUUUUCAGGACUUAAUCCCCUGGUAUCAGACUACCACUUGGUUUUAUGCAAAAAGAUAAAUUUAAAUUCAACCAACUUUAAACUUGCAUCUUGCUUUUGAUGUUUGAGGUCCUCAGACUAAUAGGACCUUUAGUAGUGUUCUCUACCUGUUUUUAACUUUUUGAUUGCUAGAGUAGUAUUUUUCAUCUAGAGUUAAGGUUGUUUUUGUUGUGAAAGUGAGUAUUAGUACAUUUUAGGUGAUUAAAAAGUUAAAUUAUUAGUAAUACAUUUCCCUGCUUAACAAUAAUCCACUUAGGAAAAUAAUCCAUUUUGGAAAAUGGAGGCUUGUACAGGAACUACUAGAAGCAUAGGAAGCCUUCAACACCAGGAAAUGGCCUUGGAAAUGAGGCUUUGGUUAUCAGGUCCAUUCCCUUCCUGUUACAAUAUUUCUGGGAGAAAAUGCUUUCUGAGUUUCAAACAAGCAACCUAAAAAAAACUUAAUAUGCCCAUCUAGGUUGAGGACCCCUAACACAGUAAUAGUAUGAGUUUGAUUUUAUGACUGAGGCUUUAAAAGAUGAGUACUUUAACCUUCAAGAAAAGUUCCGGAGGAUUGGUGUAUCUCAUGUCAGUUCAUGUCAGGGGCUGAAAGUCUGCACACUGGUCAUUAUUAACAGAAGUUCCUGCAGUACUUCUUUGAUACCUUUUGGGACCUGCUACUAGAAGGGGAAGAAUGGGUGGUUUUGCAUGAGUUACUGUUGAAGUGAAAAUGAGAGCUGUUGACAGUCCUUUCUUAGAACAUCUCUUAGCACCCUGUAGGUCUUACCAUCAGGGCUGUUGGUAUAUGACUUCACUUGUGACCUUCCAGCCAUUGCAUUUUUUAAAAAAAGAUUUAUUU